AUGAACAACAGACCUGUGGAGCAAGCUCUGUCUUUGUUAGUGCCAACACACGCCAAUGAUCUACCGCCAGAGCUCGUCAGCUUAGCUCUGUCCCUGGUCGCGCAAUCACGAAGUUUUGCAGCAAGCUUGAAGCCCGAAGAGGAGAUUGCACGGCCCUAUGCUUGUGCCGAGAUCGCAUGCAGAAGGUUGAGCAGGGCCCUCAAACUCCCGCCGCUGCUAGGCCAUCCUCCAUGCCCUCCUCGAGCAUACAAGAAACUAUACUCUUUUCUGGAACGGUCGUUGUCGACUAGUGCUAGUGGCUCUAAGCGCGCAAGAGACAGCUCGGCCCCAGGAACGCCUUCACGCUCCGGUUCUGCACCUUCCACGCCUACAAAGACUCAAGCACCUGCAAAAACCGCUGCGACGCCGCGGAGACUUCAAAAUACGCCGAGCAAGUCUACACCCCUCAAGCAAGCUGUCAAUGUCUCGGACAGGCCGGCUGCGCCAUUGUCCACUCCUCAGAAAACCACCAAGGUCCGUCCCAAUGGUCUCUCCAGCUCUACGAUCAUCCCCGAUGCACCUGCGUGGGUCAUGAAUUCGAUCCGCACAGUGUGCAAGACACUUUCCACUCCAGCACCGCGCACGAGCACAUGGUCUCGGCCCCCGAUCUCUCGAACUCUACCGCCGCAUAUUUUCGCUGGAGUAUCAUCCAUCCUCUACCUCAUCUCGAACCUCUCAGCAAAGAAUGACGAGGAUCUGGACGAAGAAAUGAUGGAAUUCCUCGAGCCAAUUAUCACAGUCAAAGAUACAGAGAAGGACGAGGAUUUCAAGGAAGUCGUGUACGCAUUGGUCGUAGCAGUCUACUUCAUUGUGCUUGCGCGCCGGCGCAAUCCACCAGACGAUGGCUCUUCUGAGGCAGGCGAGGCAAGAAAGAUGGACAAGAAGACGUUUUCGGAGAUGCGGCAGACUGCCCUUGUCAGCCUUGGCCUGCCUUCCACGGAGCGGCGGCACCGCGACGAUGUCGAUCAGUGGAUUGCGUUGAUCAUGGAGCAAGGCUGGAUGAAUGGUCAGGAGUGGUUCGAGAAUAUUCCGCAGGCUGGGGAGGUGGACGGAGACGAUGAGUACCUGUCGGACGAGUAUGGCGCCCCUGACAAUGAAAGAAAGCGCCAGAAGACACCAGGUGCCGGUCACGGUUUUCUUUUGGAGGACUCGUCGAAAAGGAAAGGCCUUCUGCCUGGUUUGGGCACAAUGCUGCAGGACCGGGUCGACUGGUUGAGCGUUGAUCGCCGCGAGGAUUACAUUGAAUGGAAGGCUGAUAUAAUGGCGCGCAUCCAGCAAUUGACCUCUGCUAGAUGA